AUGCUCAGGUAUGCUCGCGACUCGACAAGGGCCAAGAGCUCAUGUGCCGAGGCUCGGUGUAGCCAUAUCUGUGUCCAGCUACCAAACGAAGGAUUCGCCUGUCUGUGUCCUGAUAACGUCUUCCCUGGAACUGACGGUUCAUGUGGCUCAGCUCGAGUGGAUGCUCUCAUCAUGCCCAAGCAGUGCACUUGUACCAAUGGCGGAAGAUGUAGGCUCGACGGCACUUGUGAAUGUCCACCCGACUUCGAAGGCGAAAACUGCGAUAAGUCGAGCACUGUCAGCAGAAAGUUGAUUGGCCGCCUCUCGGAGAAUCUGCUGCUAGCCCUCUUCCUCCUACUGGUAUUGUUUGCUUGUGUUGGACUAGUCGGUUUCGUUGGGGUCAACUUGUACAGAAAACGAGCCCUACUAUCGAAAAAGAAUGAAGCCGCCGAUAGUAGCGUCUCAUUCCAUGGCAAUGUUAUAUCAUUUAGCAAUCCAGCUUUGGAAAGUAAACAGGACCCCAAUCCGAUCGAAUACAGUAUGCAGCAGAUUGCGGCUGCCGAGGCUGGUUCGACAACUUUCUCGAAUCCUGUAUAUGACCUAGAAUCAGAUAGCACUGAAAUGGUGUCAUUAGAAAACACACCAUCGACGUCAAGAGCAACAAGUUUCCGUUCUCAACGGACCGGUGAUGAUGUUAUAGGUUAG